AUGACACCGGAGUGGCGAGGCUGCCUCACGGGUUGGACUGGCUGGUGUUUCUCGCCGCGGGACCCCAGAUUGUUGUGCACAGCGUUCUCACUUCGCGAAUACUAUUUAGUCUUCAAGCGAACAAGGAGCAAUCGGUCAACCUAUCGACGAAUGCACCGGAAAUGGAAUCGCUUCCAGAUGGGUUUCAAGCGUGGGGCAAAGGCAGGAAGACAUUUACUGGUGCUGGUGAACCAGAUCAAGCGUAGACGUGCUACUAAUUUUUUUCUCUUUGUCGUUGUAACGGGAUGUCGAUUGCAGUGGUCCAUGGAAAGGAUAGUAGCGUAG